AUGGCUGACGAAAUAUCUUCUUCUUCUUCUCAACUGAGUAUCGUUGUUGAUUUAACAUCAUCACCGUUCAAUUUUAAAUCACUCUAUAGUAAUCUUUCAUCUCAAUUACCCUUAAAUUCUGAUCAUCAUUAUUGGCAUUUUGGUGGUCUUCGUUUUUAUACAAUCCCAUUUCAAUCUAAUUAUGAUGAAACAACUAUCAAUAAUAUUAUAUCAAAAUUAAGAUCCAUACAAAAUUCUCCAACUUUAUUCCCACCAUUUUGGAUUUCAUAUAAAGAAUGUCAACCACAAACAGAUUCCUCAUCUUCAUCAUCAUCUGAGGUUAUCAAAAAGAAUCUUAAAUUAGGGAAAUUUCAAACUGACAAUACUUUUCAAAUAGAAUAUACAUCAGGUUCACUUGUUCAACUAAAUAAAUAUGUUUAUGAUCGACAAACAGAAAUUAAAAAUGGUUCAUCUAUACAAUUUUAUUAUGAUAGAAUUGAUUUUGAUUAUGGUGGUAGUGAAGAAUUAAAUUUGCGGAAAACAUUUAAAGCUGAAAUCAUGGACAGAUGUGCUGUUAUAAUGACUGAGCAAAAUAGUUUUACAUUAUUUAUUAAUAUGACUGGAAAUUCAAUCGAUUAUACAGGUACAAUUAAUGAUAAGAAAUUUAAUCCACCACCACAACAAGGCUCUUUCUUUCAUAAAACAACUGAACCAAAUAUUUCAUAUCGACGUACAGCAUCUCAAGAGUCAAAACCAUUUUAUUCAACAAUUCGUCUUGUUAUUUCAAUUCCAAAUGAUAAACUUAAUGAUGAAAAUCGUGAAGAACAAUAUCGAUGUUUAAAAGAUUGUUAUACAAGUUUCAUAGAAUUUUUUCAUCGUAAUCAUAUAAAUGAUUGUUUUGGUAAUAUUACAAGUGUAACAUCAACAAAAGAUUAUAUACCUACAUUAUCAUCGUUUAUGAAUAAUGAAACAAUGUCAUUUAUUCAACAAUAUUGCUGGCAAAUGUUAUUAUCUAUUGGUUAUCGAUUUCAGCAAAGAUUAACGGAAGGUUUUAUUCGACAUAUGAAUUUAAUCAAAGAUGAUGAUGAAUUUUAUCAGACAUCUCUUCAUAUAUGGCGUCGUUCCAGUGAAUAUUAUUUUAUUGAUUUACUUGCUGAGUUACAUGGUUACCAACGAAAAAUCGCUAAUAUAGCACAAUUAACAUCUCCUAUGGAUAGUAGAUAUCAAGAAUCAAUGAAAGAAAAAAACGGUGAACAAGAACGUUGGAGUAUACAUACCCCGCCAUGUCAUUAUGCAUAUGUUCCAUCAGUCACAUUAACACCAACAACAAUCUGUGUUAAACCAUUGAAAUUAGUUAAAACGAAUCGAGUUUUACGUGCAAAAGAACAAUUUGGUGGACAUCUUAUGUUUGCUCUUGUUGAUAUAAAAGAAGAAAAUUGUAGAACGGAUAUAUUUCCACAUGACUAUCGUGCAUUACGUAGUAAAACAGAAAAGUUACUUCAAUAUGGUUUUGAUUUAGGUAAAAAAGGACGAACAUAUCGAUAUUUACAUCAUUCACAAUCACAAUUAAAAGACAAGCAGUUCUGGUUCUAUUAUCAUGAUGGCCAAACAAAUUAUUCAUUUGAAAAGGCAUUUGCUUGGAUGGGUGAUUUUCAAGAAGAAAAAGUUGUUGCUAAACAUGCAGCACGUAUUGCACAAUGUUUUACAAGUGCAGAAGCAACAUUUAAAAUUCCAUCAGAACAAGUUGAAUAUAUUAAAGAUAUUCAAACAGAUGAUCAUAAAUAUAAUUUUACUGAUGGUGUUGGAACAAUGUCAACAGCUGUGCGUGAUAUGAUUGAUCCACAUCGAAAAUUUGCAGCUAUUCAAAUUCGUUACGGUGGUUGUAAAGGUGUAAUAUCUGUUAAUCCUGAUUUAGAUGAUGCUCCUCAUCAAUUACGUAUACGUAAAUCAAUGAAAAAAUUCAAUUGUGCACAUGAUAUUCUUGAAAUAUGUCGAAUAUCUAAACCAAGACCAUUAUAUUUAAAUCGACAAAUAAUUGUUUUACUUUCUCAUCGUUCUAUUGACGAUCGUAGAUUUCUUAUACUUCAAAAUGAACAUCAACAAGGUCUAUCAGAAUCUCUUGUGUAUCCAGAUCGUGCACAUGAAUUAUUAGCUGAAAAAUUAAAUCGAAAUUUAUUUCCAUUACGUUCAUUAAUCAAUGAUGCACAUCUUAAUUUAAUUCAAGAACCAUUUUUUCGUCAAUUAUUAAUAGCAAUUGGAAAAGUUGAAUUAGCACAAAUGAAAGAACGUACACGAUUGAAAUUACCUAAAAAUUCUGCAAGAAAUAUGAUUGGAAUUGUUGAUGAAUAUGGUGUAUUAGAAUAUGGACAAGUUUUUAUUCAAUAUACAGAAUUAAAUGGAGACUAUAUGAAUAAUAAUGAUUCAGGAAAAGCAGUUAUACUUCAACAAAAAGUUGUUGUAACAAAAAAUCCAUGUCAUCAUCCAGGUGAUAUUCGAGUCUUUUCUGCUGUUGAUGUACCACAAUUAAGACAUUUAAAAGAUGUUAUUGUUUUUCCUCAACGAGGAGAACGACCACAUCCAAAUGAAAUUUCUGGUUCGGAUCUUGAUGGUGAUGAAUAUGCUGUCAUCUGGUAUCCACCAUUUAUUCCAGAAACACCAAAUGAUAUUCCAUAUGAUUACGAUUCACAAAUUCCAAUGUUACGUAUUCCUGAUCGUCCAGUUGAACGUUCAGAUAUUCAAAAAAUUGUAUUAGAUAUUAGUGAACAAUCAUGUGCUGGAAAAUUAUGUACAAUUCAUUUAGCUUAUAUGGAUCUUUUUGGUGUUGCACAUCCAAGUACAUUAGCUAUUGCUGGGUAUAUAUCCCAAGAAUUAGAUUCAUCUAAAACAGGACAUCAUCCAUUACAACCUAAAGAAAUUAUGCAACUACAAUCAGUAUUAGGAAAUAAACGACCCGAUUAUUUUGAUAAACCAUACCAUGAACCUUAUCCAUCAAAACAUAUACUCGGUCAAUUAUUUCGUUCAUGUCUUCGUUUUGAAUCAAAUUGGGAAACAGUUCAAACACCACCAACAACUGUAUGUGAAUCACCAAUUGAUCCAUUACUUGUACAUGAUUUACAUUAUGAAUUUACUACAGCUGUUAAAGAAAUCGGACGUAUAUAUCGUGAAGCUAUUAUGGAUAUUUUAUAUGUUUAUCGUUUUUCAUCUGAUGUUGAUUUACUUUGUCGAUUUGAUUCAUCAUUACAAUAUCGAACAAC